AUGCCGCCCCACCGCCGAUUCCACCCCACCUGGGCCGCCGCCUGCCGUCGUCGCACAGCGCCGCCCGACCCCGUCCGCCUCAGCGCCCCGCCUCGCCCCGUCCGCCUCCGCUCCGGCCUCUGCACGCCCGCACCGCACGCCGCCGCCCUGCCCCGUUCGCCUCCGCCGCACGCCGCCGCCCGCUCCCCGCUAGGCCAUCGCCCCGACCUCUCUCCACCCGCCGCCUCCCCGACUCUCUCCGGGCACCACAGCCACCCAAUGGCGCCGAAGAAGCCCUCCGGGAACUUCGGAGUGGAGUUCUCCGACGCCGGGCGGCGUUGGUGGCUUGGCACGUAUCCUACUGCCGACGAGGCCGCGCGUGCCUACGACGUGGCUGUGUGGCGUGCCGUACGGCCGAAGACGGAUCUCAACUUUCCGGAGAUCGAGACCCGGGCGGUGGCGGAGUGGCUCGUACCGCAGGGCAUCCGGAUGGAGGAGAUGGCGGCGAAGAAGAAGAAGAGACCGGCGGAGUUCUACUUGAAGCAUGAUGCCGAGGAGAAGAAGAAGGAGAAGGUGAAGAAGGAGGACGAGGCCGGCCCCUCGACGGCGAUCCCCAUCGAGUUAUCGUCGGAGGACGAGGAGUUUUGGGGGCUCUCGGAUGACUCCGAAGAGUCGUACUGGAUGCCCUCGGACGACGAGUAG